AUGCUGGCCUCCCUCCUGCGUCCCAAAAAACGUCGAGUCUACGCCGAGCGCUCGCCAUUCUCGUCGCCCUACACCCCGCGACAGUCGCCAUGGCCGUUUCACCAACGCGAUCCCGAAGCUGAGGGAAGAUACAAUGGAGGAGAUGGAAGGAUCUAUGAGGAAUCGGAGGAUGUUGAGGGUCGCGAUGAAGAUGAAGAAACCGAGAGAGAGGAGGAUGGCCCUCUCGAAACCACGCCCCUCCUGCCUAUCUUUUCAGCCUCUCACUUAGACACUCUCCCUGUUUAUGAUGUCACACAUGCCAUUCGCUCGCUGAUUAUAUCGCGUUGCGAAACUACCCUGUCUUGGGAUCAAUUGCGCUCGCCUCAAAUCUCUCAAUUCCUCGUCAAGCCUAUCCAGCAAAAGAUCAGGGCCUACCACUUCUCCCGGGCUACCUUGUACGCCCUGAUGACAAACUGUCUGCAGUUCACCAAAGAGAUUCAGUCCAACCCCGGAAACAGUGGCACAAGCCAAACUCGGGCUAUCGUGAGCGAGCUUCUAGCUAUCAAGCUGCUCAGGGAGUACGACACGAGAGAGUUGAUCGAUGCUUUGUCCUAUGAGUUCUAUCCACUACAAGGUCUUACUUCGACUGGUACAGAAAGCUCCCAUCGGGCUCCAGGCUGGCAGGCCUCCCAGGCCAAUAAGCGGCAAGCUGGAGCUGCCCGCAUCUCUUGUCUCGAGAUAGCCAUCCGUGCCCAAGCCAAGCGGCUGUUAUCCCAUCCGCUGGUGGUGCAGCAAUUGGAAGCGAUAUGGGCAGGAACUGUGGUUUUCCACUCCGCGGCCGACCAUCUCCAUCGAUCUUCGGCUCAAGUCCGCCCUAAUGGCGAAUUGAUGCGCAACAACGGAACAGUACACAACAACGCUGCUUCUAUUACUUUCGCCGCCCAGUCAAGUCCCAAAGGAUCAGAAUUGCGGCGCUCGGUGACGCUCUAUGAUCCUAGAGAUGCGUCGUUGUUUAAGCUCUCCAGACUGAGGGUACCUCGGUACAGACAGUUCCUUUCAACCUUAUCCUUCGCCGUGUUGUUAGUUUUGUUCCUUGCUGUGUUGCGAGAACGCCGCGUGGAGAUUACCGCUCUCGAAGUUCUCUUCUGGUUCUGGAGUGCAGGAUUCUUACUGGAUGAAGUCGUCGGCUUCAACGAACAGGGAUUCAGCUUGUACCUGAUGAGCUUCUGGAACCUGUUUGACCUGGGAAUCCUGUUUCUCUUAUUUUGCUACUACUGUUUACGUCUUUAUGGCGUCUUUCUGCCAUAUACUCGCGCACCUGCAGUAGCAAAUCAGGCCUACGACAUUUUGGCAGCAAAUGCGGUGCUUCUAUUCCCUCGACUCUUCUCAAUUUUAGAUCACUAUCGUUACUUCUCGCAGCUGAUCAUCGCGUUCAGAAUAAUGGCCUCUGACCUUGUGGCUGUGUUUUUCUUGGUCAUUGUCGCCUGCAGUGGCUUCUUUGUGGCUUUUACUCUGUCUUUCGGCAGCGGCGAGGUCCACUCUCCGGGAUCUAUUGCCUACGCUUUGUUUCAGAUGCUCAUGGGCUUUACCCCAACCGCCUGGAGUCUCUGGGAGGAAUACAAUGUGCUGGGAAAGAUGAUUUUGACAGUCUUUCUCUUCAUUUGUCAUUUUGUGGUUGUCACCAUUCUUAUUACUGUCCUUACCAACUCUUUCAUGGGCAUCGUGCAAAAUGCCAAUCAAGAACAUCAGUUCCUCUUUGCCGUGAAUACCAUCUCCAUGGUCAAGUCGGAUGCCCUCUUCUCCUACGUGGCACCGGCGAAUAUCAUUGCCUGGGUGAUUGCGCCCCUACGCUACCUGAUGCCAUUUCGGGAAUUCGUGCGGAUUAAUCGUACGAUCAUCAAACUCACCCAUCUGCCCAUCCUCUUUACCAUCUGCUUCUACGAAAAGGUCAUUCUCAGCUCCAAAGUCUUCAACUCGACAGACCUUGUCGACCCGCACGCCUCCGAAGGUCGUGAGCGCUCUCGACCUCCCCGUCAAGGUCGCUUCAGGGCCUUCAGUUCCCAGGCCGCUCGACUUGUGCGAGAACCAUCCGUCGCAACCUAUCAGAAAGAUCGUGCUUUAGACGAAGUCUUCCGGCGGGUAUCGUACGAUGGGGCCAGUCGACGGCCUGCCAGGCGCUACGACCAACGGACAAGCACCAAUCUUGUCAACAAUUGGAUGCAAGACAUGGGCUCUGAGCCGGUCAAUCCGCCCGACGAGCAAGAUUCCGAUGAAGUGAGCCGACUGGAACGGACGCCUCGGAAGUUUCAGCAUCCGUUCAAGCGGAGGCUCACUCGGAGUUUGCGCGAUUUUACAGAAUCCAACCGAUCCGCUGUAUCGAACCCUGAAGAGCAAGCUGGACACGCAGCAUCUUCACCUGCUACGCCUCGCUUUACCCGAGAAUUGUUGACUCCCAACAGAAAGAGACAGCUCUCACGGCAUACUGGCAUGGAAGGUGACGACGAGCUCACGAGCGACGACAACGGUUGGGUGGAUGAACAGCAGUCCAUUGAUGAUCGUACCAUAUCUCAGGAUAAUGAUUCACGAACCGAGGGAGUCAGCCCUGGUAAGACAACGCCCAAGUUCUACAGCUCCCGACCGUCCACGGCACGCAUGAAGUCGCACAAGACCAGCCCGAGUCGACGCGCGAGACACCAUACCCGGAACUACUCGGUCGCCACUAUUCUCUACAACCCCGUGAGCAAUGACGGAGAGGCCAGUGUCUCGUCUAUCCCUGUUAGACCUAGGGCUGAGACCCCGAACGGCGAGGUCGCGGCCGUUUCAAACUCUGUUGAUCGGUGGACCCCGAGGCGGCAUAGCAUGGACACCGGUAGAAGUCGAAUCGCCACUAUGGCCCGGUCCAACCCCAUGUCUGUUCCAGACUUCGGCAGUGUCUUGGUCACCAACGCUGAGCGGAGACAGCGUCAUCGCCCAUCUAUCUUGGAUGGCUUGGGCUCGGACCUGGGAGACAACAAGGCGAUUGCGAACGGUUUCGUUGGAGGGGUGCCUUCGAGUUUGACGACCCAAAUGGUCUAUGCCACCGGCGGUAUCCGCCGUACUGAGAAUUCUAACAGCAGCCAAGACUUGCUCAGCAAGCUUGUGCUCGCUCGCAUGAAUAACAUCGAAGAAGGGUUCCGCGAAGUGAUCAAGGAAGUCAAAGACCUUCGACGCGAAGGGACCAGCCGAAGCCAAAGUCGACCCGACGAGCUGCGGUCCAACCAGCGAGAGAAGAAGAAGAAGCGGGCGGACAUGAAGGAUGUCAAGAAGAAGCCCAAUGGUUCUCGCGGUGGCAGCAAUAUCAGCACUGAUGAAAAGUCAGAAGUGCCAUCUGGAGUGUCGCAGCAACACGAUGCACAAUCCAGCCUGGAGGAGUAA